UAUAGGCGGAGGUACAGAAGUUGUUUAGCGGUGGACGAGAUGGAUGAAACCUCUUCGGUUGAGAAUGAAUUUGAUGACUGGUUUAUCGAGUCUUUGAAAAUAUACAAUAAUAUUCACGAGUAUCAACUUGAACAUCCUACAAGAGUAAUUGAAUGGACAUCAGAAAAAACUAUAUGUGUUGCAGGUUACAGUUCAGAUAAAAAUGAGAUUUUAGAGCUGCUUUUGCCACUCAAACUUUUCACUGAUGAUAAUCAGGGUCUUUGUGCAGAACGAGAUUUCAAAGUGGUCCAUGGAGGUUUCUCAGAUGGCUCCAUUCAUUGCCUCAAACACAUUCCAGGAACAAGGUGUGUCGUUACCAAUGAUGGCUUCAACUCCAAUCUCCAGGUGUGGGACUUAGGAGGAGACGAUUGUGAUGUCAUAAAGAGGACAGGAGUUUUACAACUGAAGAGUGCAUCAUCAGAUAAAGGUGUCAAAAUAGCCCCUGGGUUAACUGGAGGCCCAUGUGUUCUUCAUGGCUCUCAGAUCAGCGACAUUCAACUGACUGAGCUGACGUCAGGGAAGCCACUCUACUCUCUGGGGAAAGACAUUCCAGAUUUACUAAGCUCCCUGCAAUUUGUGAGUGGCAGUGUAUUUCUCGCUUGUGCCUGCAAUGGUGACCUGUAUGUGGGGGACACACGGAAUCCUUCUGGUCUUCAGAAUAACCCAGCUGGAGGGAGAGAGGGCGUCCACUGGUGUAUGGGUGUUAAAACAGACCUGUCCUCAUCAGAUCCAUCCUCCUGUAGUGUAGCAAGGCUCUCCUCUGCCUGCCAAGUGGUUGUGUCUGAUCUAAGGGACCUAAGAGCCCCCUUGUGUCAAGCCCAGCUUCAUGUCCAGAGGAAAACUACCAGUGAUGACUUCAUGAAGGUGACAUGGGCGCCUGCUUUAGACAACUGUCUUGCUGUGUCAGGUUUUGAUGGAAUGGUGCAAAUCUACGACACUGCCUCUUGGAGACCAGAGUUGAUGGAAUUCCAGCCUCUUUUUAUCCACCGAGGUCACAUGAUGUCCGACGAUCAGUUUGACACUUCAUCAGCUGUGGUCACCACUCAUGUUUGGCAUCCAAGUCGACCCAGGACUGUCCUCUCUGCUGCUGUAGACGGGUCUGUGCAUGUAUGGGACUGGGUCGACAAAGCCACUGCCAGCUGUUGACAUUCAAACGCACUUACAGCUCAAUGUUAAUCAUUAUGAACCCUAGGAAGAGGGGAAUGGAAGCCACACUGUUUUCUCCACUAGUCUGUUAUGACAGACAUAUAGAAAGAGGCAUGUCUGUGUGUUCUUUACACUGUGCUGUGAACCUAUGAGAGGCCGUAUGGUAACAUGAGUCAUGUAAUCCAUGGUAAACAUCAUAACCUACACAAACCAAUGAGAAUGCCUUUGAAGUCUACGUCGUCUUGAGUCAAACCAGAGCUUGAAGUGUGUGGGGGGGGGGGAUGUCACGCUGCUUGCUUAGCGAGUACCGCUUCCUCCUGAUUCGGCUCACACCGAGGCUUCGAACCCAGGACCUCUGCGUUGCUAGCACACGUGACCGUCUUCCCGAAGGUGUGCGAAAAGCUAGAUAAAAGUAGAGGUGCAUCUUUCCCUCUCAAGAUGAUAUGUAUCUAGAUACAUGGGCUCUGAUACGAUACAGGAACGAUGCGUUUUUCUUUGAUGUGGUUGGAUUAGAGCAUGUAUGUCUAAAUUGGGGUAUGCACUAUUUUUGUAUUUUUUUUAUUUUUACCUUUAUUUUACUAGGCAAGUCAGUUAAGAACAAAUUCUUAUUUUCAAUGAUGGCCUAGGAACAGUGGGUUAACUUCCUGUUCAGGGGCAGAACGACAGAUUUUGUACCUUGUCAGCUCGGGGAUUUGAACUUGCAACCUUUCGGUUACUAGUCCAAUGCUCUAACCACUAGGCUACACUGCCGUCGGGGGUGUCUUGUCUUUGGCUAUGCCGGAUUAAGUGAUAUGACAUGCUAUUCUAUAAAAUAAUUUCUCCGUAAUUAAUAUUACCUUAUUGAGCUAAUCAUGUAACUGUAAUUAACUGGAGAGUCAGGGACCACGAAAUAAUAUUUAUAGAGCUGUUAUCUUCCGAAUAACUCUUAAAGACCUAAUAUUUUACAUCGAUACCAGUCAAUAUUAAUCGUCAUCUUAAUUCAGUCUCUUCUGAAAGUUGUAAAUUCUUGAUUAUCUGCACGAACCCUGGCUAACAAGUUGAAUCAGCAAUACAAAAUUGGGUUUAAUUAGGUAUUUAGUAAAUAAAUAACUAAUCACACAGAAUUACACAUACACAUACAUAAGAACCUUGGCGUGAUCCUGGACAACACCCUGUCGUUCUCAACCAACAUCAUGGCGGUGGCCCGUUCCUGUAGGUUCAUGCUCUACAACAUCCGCAGAGUACGACCCUGCCUCACACAGGAAGCGGCGCAGGUCCUAAUCCAGGCACUUGUCAUCUCCCGUCUGGAUUACUGCAACUCGCUGUUGGCUGGGCUCCCUGCCUGUGCCAUUAAACCCCUACAACUCAUCCAGAACGCCGCAGCCCGUCUGGUGUUCAACCUUCCCAAGUUCUCUCACGUCACCCCGCUCCUCCGCUCUCUCCACUGGCUUCCAGUUGAAGCUCGCAUCCGCUACAAGACCAUGGUGCUUGCCUACGGAGCUGUGAGGGGAACGGCACCGCAGUACCUCCAGGCCCUACACCCAAGCAAGGGCACUGCGUUCAUCCACCUCUGGCCUGCUCGCCUCCCUACCAUUGAGGAAGUACAGUUCCCGCUCAGCCCAGUCAAAACUGUUCGCUGCUCUGGCCCCCCAAUGGUGGAACAAACUCCCUCACGACGCCAGGACAGCGGAGUCAAUCACCACCUUCCGGAGACACCUGAAACCCCACCUCUUCAAGGAAUACCUAGGAUAGGAUAAGUAAUCCUUCUCACCACCCCCCUUAAUGAUUUAGAUGCACUAUUGUAAAGUGGCUGUUCCACUGGAUGUCAGAAGGUGAAUUCACCAAUUUGUAAGUCGCUCUGGAUAAGAGCGUCUGCUAAAUGACUUAAAUGUAAAUGUAAAUGUAAAUGCAGCUUUGAACCUUGCCUGAAGUCGACAUGUCCUUUUCAUUAUGUAAAGAACUAUUUGUGACAAGAUGCCACUUGUUUGUUUUCCCAUUCUUAUGAGUAGUUGUUAUUCCCUUACUGUACACACAUUUGCAUGGAAGAGGUAUUCUAGCUUUGUACUAUUAUAUUUUGUAAGAGACAUUUGACUAACAUUUUCAUUAAACUGAUCUCUUCAUGUACCUGCUAAAUAAGACAAACCCUGGACCAUGAACCUAAAGGUGGACGGCAGUAUCACUUGCAUCGCAUUUUCUUCGCUCAACAGUAUUAUGUCAAUCAAAAAGAUAAACACAGCUUGU